AGAGAAAAAACUGUCCUUUCCAGCGUCCAAUGGUACAAUGUCCAGCAGCGCAAAAGAAAUUUCGAUGAGCCGCCGAAAAUCUCGAGAGAAUUUGCAUCGCUAAACUCGCGUUCCCGCGCAGCAAUCAUAUCUGUUCGCGCCCUCUGAGAGCAACGAUAAGUAGUCAAGCCAGGCUGUCAUGUGUUCACUUCGACGAUAAGCUCGCAUCAACUUCACCGCUCCACUCGACUCUGAAAAGAUCGCGUCCGCGACAUUAUUGCCCCUAAAAGAGCUCGACAAUGAGGGGCUAUCACGCAUUCACGCUCUUCAGCACAUUAAUGUUCUUUGAUCUCUACACUUCGCAAGUGGCGUCCCAAAGUUCCGGCAACAGUUCGCUGGUACUGCUCCAAAUCGUGUACAGGCACGGCGACAGGACGCCGAUAGCGACGUUCAAGAAAGACCCGCAUCAAAUACCGACGUGGAAAGAAGGCCCCGGUCAGCUGACGAAGCGAGGAUGCAUGCAGCAUUACAAACUUGGGACCUACCUGCGCCAGCGGUAUGCAGACUACAUUACUGGAAAUCCACACGAGCUGAUGGUGUGGAGUUCGGCCAAGGACCGCUGCCUGAUGAGCGCCUCGUGCCACCUGGCGGGCCUGUAUGUACCUCCUCUGGAUUGGGUCUGGGACAAGGACUUCCUCUGGCAGCCUGUCCCAAUCCAAACGAGGCCCGUUUACAACGACGGGAUGCUCGUGCCCGGAGAUUGCAUCUGUCCCGAAGCAUCGGCUGAGUACGAGCGCUUCAAGAAUUCACCAAGGGCACAGGAAUUCUUGAGGAACCACCAUUCGCUGUACGUGAACCUGUCGGAGCUGACUGGAGAAAUCGUUGACGGUUGGGACAAAGCGGCCCAGAUCUACGAUGCUCUCUUAAUUGAAAAAAUCCACAACUACAGUGUACCAAAUUGGACUGAAAGCUACUGGUCGCGCUUGAAGGAGCAGAGUGACAAGAGCUUUGUUUUCUACUCAGCGACUCCACUUCUAAAGCGGCUGCGUGCAGGUCUCAUACUUGCCAACAUAACCAACUACAUGAAGCAAGCUGCGGUGGUUAAUUCCUCAAAUGACAGUGGUGAAAAACUCAAGAAGCUCUACAUGUAUUCCACACACGACACACUAGUGUCAUCACUGUUGGAUGCCCUCAACAUCUUCGAUGGCAAGGCCCCGCCGUACGGUUCGACACUGCUCCUCGAGCUCCACAGGGAUGGUGCGGGGGGCCACUUCGUUGAGGGCUACACGCUCAACGCCCUGGACAUGGAGCCCAAGAGGGUCUCCUUCCCGGGAUGCUCGGCCCAGCCUUGCCCCCUGGAUGAGUUUCUCCGGUUGGCCAGCGUCAACAUUCCACGGGACUGGCGCAAGGAGUGCGGCCUUGUGCCCUUCAUCUCCCUCUCCGAUGGCGCCCUUGCGCUCAUCAUCGGCCAGAGCGCUCUAUUGGCCAUCCUGGCCUUCGGAUGCACUGCCUACUGCCUGAUGCAGAGGCGCAAGGUUUCCAAGGGAUCGGUCAUUUACUCUCCCCUUCCCACAGAGUUUUCAGCACGCUGAAACAUUCCCGAGACUUUUGCUGACCGGAUUAUUGAAAGCGCGUGAGACACCCCGUUUGUGUUAAAGCGAAACAGGAAGAUUGCUUGUGCAUGGUCGUGGGAUGCACGUGCCAGUGUUUUCCAGGGGUCUAGGAGACAUCUUUAUCUAGUCUUUCUACAUAUUUUAAGAAAGCUUUUGUUUCUGUUCGAUGCUGUUGGGACUUCGUGAUUACUUUUUGCUUUUUCUCAAUAUAUUGGUUUGUCUUUCUGUACUUAGUAAUAAUAGCUGGAAGGAACAUAAUCGACAAAAUGGAAAGUUAUUGAGGCGUAGGAAGGGAGGAAAGUCAAACAAGGGGCUCACCGAGUACUCUUGAUAGUUGAAGCUGGCAGUCGUUCGAGAGAUUUGGCCCACUAAAUGUGAUCUAAUGUAAAAUAUAUUGUUCCAGUUCUGACUUUUCGGUUUCAAAUGUACAUUUUAUGCAGAUAAUAUUUACAUAUUGUGCUUUCCUGGAGGAUGUUGAGUACCUCUAUUAAUUUUAGCCUAAACAUUGCCUCCGAAAUGACGAUACCAGGGGAAAAGCGUGUGUCCGUCUCUUGUGUGUGCACGACGUCAUUUGAUUGAAAUAGAACGACUGGCAGCAGUGGGGGCUAGGAUUUUCUUGCACGCCUUUUAAGAGCCAUUCGCUACAAUAUCUCCCAACAUUUUCAUUUGACAGUUGUGUCACCGACUCGUCAGCUGAGCUGCGAGCUCGCACCAUGAAUGGUGGCAGCCCAGUAUCGGUGCUAAUGUGUCAAAUAUGUCAAGUAUGUGGACUGCCGCACAUACCUGACAGAGGGAGAUGUGACUUAGCCCCCAACUGCUUGAAGCUCAAUUUAUGUUUUACCAAAUACUGUGCUUCGUGCAUGCAGCACCAAUACUUUGCAACAGAAGCAUUAUGUUUCAGAGACAUGCUAAAGAGGCUUUAUAUCUUUGCAUUGUGUUCUCUAGAGCUAUUGCCGCAUCAAGCAACAUACAACUUGUAGACAUUAUGUAAUGGAUAUCUUGUCAGCUUUCCUUUCUGGCCAAUCGCCUGGUGUUUACUUUGAAGGAUAAGCAGGCAGGUUUGUUGAGGGUUAAUAAGCCAAGCAUGUUAUUUACUGCGAUGACCAUAAGCAGGGGCACGAGUGGUUGACUAUACUAGGAAAUGCACUUGAACCAACACGAACGGCAGAUGCCAGGAAAUUACUGAGAGGGCUACAUGGAUGCGUACAUCUAUGUUGCCGAAGUUAUUUAGCUGCGAGUAUUACAGAAGUUGUAUCGACGUGACAAUGCAGGCUUCGGAAACGACUUAGAAAUUGCAAUACUAUUCUGCUCAGCGAUGAAGUGGAGACAUUUUUCUUGUCCUUUGCUGUUAGAUUUACUCAAUUUACUUUUUUAGUCUGCACUACCUGAUCUCGACGUCUUUACUGACUGAAUCUAGCGCAAAGCACUGUUGAGAGUUUAGCACUGCUGAGAAUAUAACUGUUGAGAUUGUUCAUGCAAGUCAAUAAUUACUAGCUUUCGAGAGGUAAAAGGGCCUCAACUGCACAAUCUGUACCAUAUUGGAUAGAAUUUACUUCUGCCAGAUUGGGAUUGGGGCAGUUGACACCAGAGUGGGGCACCUGCCCUAGUAUUUUUUACUUGACGAAGAGCCUAUUUACAGAAAACCAAACAGACCUGAAAGUUCAGUAUUUCAUUGUCCGCAUCGGGUCAAAAAGGAGAACACUUUGUACAGAUGCACGACUCCAAUAAAAGGAUACUGGGAUUACGAAA